CGAUCCCGACAUGCUCUGCGACUCUAGCCGCCUCCUACCGGCCCGGGCCGCGACCACGCUGCCCGCCCCGCCCCGAGCGCCGGGCCCCGCGCUCCGCCGCUGGCGGAGGGAGCUGCAUUUUCCGGGGUAACCCGAACUGCCCUCCUGUGGCCCCUUGGCGGGGAGGCUGGUCCGACAGAGUGUGCCUCCGGUCCGGAGGGCGAUCCGAAGGAGGGGGAAGAUGCCACCGGCCACGGGCGGAGGCCUGGCAGAGUCCGAGCUGCGUCCCCGGAGGGGCCGCUGUGGGCACCAGGCUGCUAGGGCCGCGGGCUGGGACGUGGCCGCCACGGCUGCGGCGCGAAACCCCAAACGGCCUGCUCGGGGCUCGCGGCGCUUCGAGACGGCUAGCCGGUGGGCCCUGCUGGCCCUGGUGACGCUGCUGUCCUUCGCCACCCGCUUCCAUCGCCUAGACGAGCCGCCGCACAUCUGUUGGGAUGAGACUCACUUUGGAAAAAUGGGAAGUUACUAUAUCAACCGCACGUUUUUCUUUGAUGUGCACCCGCCUCUGGGAAAGAUGCUGAUAGGUCUUGCUGGCUACCUGAGUGGAUAUGAUGGUACCUUUUUGUUCCAGAAGCCUGGGGAUAAAUAUGAGCAUCACAGCUACAUGGGAAUGAGAGGAUUCUGUGCAUUCCUCGGUUCCUGGCUGGUCCCCUUUGCCUACCUCACUGUACUGGAUCUGUCCAAGUCCCUCUCGGCAGCACUGCUCACCGCUGCCCUCCUCACCUUCGACACGGGAUGCCUCACUCUGUCCCAGUACAUUCUCCUUGACCCCAUCCUGAUGUUCUUCAUCAUGGCUGCCAUGCUGAGCAUGGUCAAGUACAACUCCUGUGCGGACAGGCCCUUCUCUGCCCCCUGGUGGUUCUGGCUCAGCCUGACUGGCGUUAGUCUUGCUGGUGCUUUAGGGGUCAAGUUUGUUGGCCUCUUUAUCAUCCUUCAAGUGGGGCUGAACACCAUUGCAGACCUUUGGUACCUGUUCGGAGACCUCAGUCUUUCCUUGGUGACUAUGGGAAAACACGUGACUGCUCGCGUCCUGUGCCUCAUCGUGCUGCCCCUGGCUCUCUACACGGCCACCUUUGCUGUUCACUUCAUGGUGCUGAGUAAAAGUGGCCCUGGUGAUGGUUUCUUCAGUUCUGCCUUCCAGGCCCGGCUUUCAGGAAACAACCUGCACAAUGCUUCCAUCCCUGAACACCUGGCCUACGGCUCUGUGAUCACCGUGAAGAACCUCCAGAUGGCCAUCGGCUAUCUGCACUCACAUAGGCACCUCUACCCCGAGGGCAUUGGCGCCCGCCAGCAGCAGGUCACCACCUAUUUGCACAAGGACUACAACAACCUGUGGAUUAUCAAGAAACAUAACACAAACUCAGACCCCCUCGACCCUUCCUUCCCAGUGGAGUUUGUAAGGCAUGGAGACAUUAUUCGACUAGAACACAAAGAAACUUCCCGGAACUUGCACAGUCACUAUCACGAGGCUCCCCUGACCCGGAAGCACUAUCAGGUCACCGGCUAUGGCAUAAAUGGAACAGGGGACUCAAAUGAUUUCUGGCGGAUUGAAGUUGUAAACAGAAAAUUUGGAAACCAGAUCAAGGUGCUGAGAAGUCGAAUUCGCCUCAUCCAUUUGGUCACAGGUUGUGUUCUUGGCUCCUCGGGAAAGGUUCUGCCCAAGUGGGGCUGGGAACAGCUGGAAGUUACUUGUACCCCAUACCUGAAAGAAACCCUCAACUCCAUCUGGAAUGUGGAAGACCAUAUCAACCCCAAAUUGCCAAACAUCAGCCUGAAUGUGCUGCAGCCCAGUUUUCCUGAGAUCUUGCUAGAAUCCCACAUGGUCAUGAUUUGGGGGAACAAUGGCCUCAAACCCAAGGACAAUGAGUUCACAUCCAAACCCUGGCACUGGCCUAUCAACUAUCAGGGCCUACGCUUCUCAGGGGUCAAUGACACAGACUUCAGAGUCUAUCUGCUUGGCAACCCGGUGGUUUGGUGGCUGAAUCUAUUGAGCAUCGCCCUCUACCUCCUCUCAGGGAGCAUCAUUGCUAUAGCCAUGCAGAGAGGGACACGGGUGCCGGCGGAGGUUGCAGGGUUGUCCCAGGUCCUGCUGCGAGGAGGUGGCCAGGUCCUGCUCGGCUGGAUGCUCCAUUACUUCCCGUUCUUCCUGAUGGGCCGGGUCCUGUACUUCCACCACUACUUCCCAGCCAUGCUCUUCUCAAGCAUGUUGACAGGCAUUCUGUGGGACACCCUCCUGCGGCUCUGUGCCUGGGGCUUGGCCUCUUGGCCCCUGGCCAGGGGCAUACAUGUGGUGGGAAUCCUGAGCCUCCUCCUGGGCACCGCCUACAGCUUCUACCUCUUCCACCCUCUGGCUUACGGGAUGGUUGGUCCCCUGGCCCAGGACCCCCAAAGUCCUAUGGCAGGACUACGGUGGCUAGACUCAUGGGAAUUUUGAGGCCACUGCAAAGAUGCCAGCCUGGGUCCAGGAACUUCCCAGGAGAACGAGCUGGGACGCAGUACUGGACCCUUCCAGCUGUGAGGAAGCUGCCUAAGGAGCCUGAAGAAUUCUGCUGCCCACCAGGACCCAGCUCUGGGAGUGCCCCUGGAACUGAAGCCAGCAUUGGAGAGAGCCGCAGCUCCAUCCACAGCACCACAGAGGACAGCAUCUCACCGGCCGCCCCCUGGUGCGCAGAUGGGUGCCAGCGGGUGGAUGUGGGUUCGUGUGUAUGUGAGGGCACAUUGUCCAUAUCCCUUUGGAACACAGACCGUGUGACUGUGGACAGCUGACUGUCAUAAACUCUAAAAUAGUCCAGGCUAUAGUCAUAUUUUCUGGCAUUUUUUUCACAUUGGCUUUCUUGGGUUUCGGUUUGUAAGAUCCAUCAAAAAUUCUCAGACCUCUAAGAGGGCCUUGAGGGCAGAGAGCACUGACCUCACCUUGGGAUGUCACCAAAGGUGGAGCAGAUGGGACUGCCAAAGCUGUGCUUCCCUCCCUCCCACAAACAAAAGAAUCCAGUGUGGAGGAAGGUGAGCUGGAGGGCCUGGCUCCCGCCGUAUCCCUGAGUGGCUGGAGGUAGCUGAACUUCCUGCCUGCGACACACAGCACCGGCCUACGGGGCAUCCACCUGCCUUAGCCCUUGGUUCCUUGUUUUUUGGGAUUGUCACACUGUGAGACUCGGGAGGAACGGUGCCCUAUCCUGGGCCGCGGCCUGGAGGGCGAGGCAGAUGCAUUCUCUUGGCUGCUGGGAGAGCCUGUGGGAAACUUGCUUAGCGCCAAGACAGAUGAGAGGCAGGGCAGGGCAUCUGUAUGGUGCUGGGGUGUGGGGACUCUGCCCUCUCCAGACUAAAGUUCCUGUCACCUGCUGAGCUUUCCCAGUGGCACUUCUGCCAUCCUCCCCUGCUCACCCCUGCCUCACUCUGUGGGUGUCUCGCUUUCUCUCUGUCACUGCUUCAGCUGUGAAGACCCAUAGCACUUAGAAAUGCGUGCCUGUUUCCUAUGCCUACCACUCUGAAGCUCGAACAAGAAGCUCAGAGCUGCUCCUUCCACUUCCUCCCCAAAAGGGAUGAAGAAAACCCACUGGUAGAACCAAACCACCCAAGGUCAGCCCUCAGCCUGCCUCCCCCUUCCUGGGGCAUGACAAAAUACUUCUUUUGUCUCAGAGGGCUCUGAGGCUUCCAGACUUAAUGAUGAAUCUCUGCCACACUCCGUUUUCCCUCCUCCUUAGCUCCCAACAACUCUGACACGGUCAGAUCUCUUUAAAGCAUCUUCGGGAGGCGGUUGCCACGGAGACUGGAUAUUGGUCCCAGGGACAGGCUGUGCUGCCUACUGGGUGGUGGGGAGGGAAGCUUCUGGCCAUGCUUAGACAUUCAAACCAACCAUCAUUAAUGUUAAUAGAGGAAAUGCAGCAACAUCAAAAGCAAGGCAGGUUGGUUAAUUAGAUCUGGGACCUGAUGACCUCCCUCUCCCACGGUUACAGCCCUUUUGACUUCCCCCAGCAGGAAGCGCUGUCUGUGUGGCUUCAUCUGGGCUGCUUGCUUAAUUGCAUUUCUGGCAGGGCAGGAGAGGAGGGAUGGAGAAGCUCUGCUCCCGGCUUCCACCCUGCCACGUUUCUUCUCCUUCCCUCCCUUCUCUUCCUCUUCUCCCCACAGGCAGAAUUUCUUCUGAGCCGGCCGGGCUCUCCUGCAGGUAGAAUGCCGGAAUCUGUGGUUGGCUCUUAGCAAAGCAGGCGGCCCACAGUGACAUCCAGGAGGUGGCUGACUUUCCUUUGUGCCUUAUUUCCCAGUAAGAACUUGGAAGGGAGGAGCUCUGAAGGGGCCAGAGGGGCAGCCACCCCGAAUGAGGGUGAGGAAGGAGAUGCCCAGCCAGCCUCUACCCAAACCUCCCUCCCAAUUAGGCUGCACGGGGGCUGAAGGCUUCCCCAGCUCCUGCUGCCUUCUAAGGAUCCAAGGAGAAUUCUCUGCCCAUUUUCUCUUCCUCCAUGCCCAGACUGGCAGAUACCUCUCUGGGUGCAAGUCUACAUGGGUUGAUGCAGCUUGGAGUACUCAGGUUCUGUUUUCUGGAAGAUGCUGGAGAAAGGCUGUCAGGGGGCUUCUGUGAAUAUGGGCGUCAGCCUUAGCGCUCGGCAGAAAUGUGUCCCACAAACUGCUGGUGGAGGAAGGAGACAUUUGUCGACCAGUUCAACCUCCAGCCAGCUUCUUGAGUCUCAUUUGGCUAAAAAAAAAAAAAAAAAAAAAAAAGGCUUCUAAUCAGAAGCCACUGACUUUUAUAAUAAAUAGCACUUGUUUUGAA